UGUAUUUUUCAGGGACAUCGAACUUCAUACUGUGACCAUAGAGAUAGGAUUCUAUUUAUUGUAAACAAAAAAGGUAGACCGCUUACUCAGUGCAAAGAAUGUAGAGAGUUACGUAUAAGUAAAAGGAUUCAUAAAAAAUGUCUAUGUCCCUCAAGGAAGACGAUC